GUUCGUUUUUGCGCGCCCACUGCAUGAAACCAAGCGCACGAGCAAAACCAGGACACGGAAGCAGACGCGGGGCGGCGCAAAAUCGAAUAGACUCAGGAUCUUGAAAGCUGUGGUUAUUUCCCACCCUACUCGUAUACCGAGUUCGUUUAUAACGGACGGGUCAAAUUAAUGCUCGAAUCUAUUUAACGGGUUAAUUCACAGAAAGAAGACUGGAGGAUGGGUAGAUAUUCAACCUCUAUGACGAUUCUCAAAUUCUUCAUCGGGUACAGUUGCAGAAUGCUAUGAACGCUGCCUGCUGUGUGUGACGUUGGCUUUGUUUGAAGAAGUUGCAUGAAACUGGUAACUCCCACUCAGACAUGUCUACGCUAGUGGGAGAGGGGCGGGUCAUAGCCCAGAGAGUCACCAGAAGCAUCACCUACUACUACACCAGACGGACACCAGGGGGCGAUACCCCCUCCCCCUCUCCUCCCACCAUCUCCCCCACCCCCUCCUUAUCCUCCCAUCUAGACGCUCCUCUUCCCUCCUAUUCCCUCUCCACCCCCUUUCUCUCAGACACGCCCUCUCACCCCACCGUUUCCUCAACUCUGACUCCUUCCGCUUCGGAUGUACCAACCCUCUCUCCAUCCUCGCCCUCCUCCUCCUCCUCCCGUCCCCUCCUCCUGCUCCUCCCUUGGCUUGGCGCCAAACCAGGGGCCAUGGCGAAGUACCGGGACCUCUACCUGGAACGCGGCCUGGACAUCCUAUCUGUGGAGAGUGCUGUGUGGCACUUCCUGUGGCCUCGCUGGGGGCUGGAGUAUGGGGCCGAGGUCCUGGAGAUCCUGGACGACCCACGUUUCAAAGGGCGCCCCCUUCUGGUCCACACCUUCUCCAUUGGCGGGUACACCUUCACCCAGCUGCUUAGCCAGAUGGUCAGGGAGCCACACAAGUACCCGGGCCUGGCCCAACAGGUCGUAGGACAUGUGUAUGACAGCCUGGUGGUUGGGUCGCUGGAGCAUAUGGCUACAGGCCUGGGCAGGACCCUGUUCCCUCGUAUCGAGCCCCUGGUGCGAUACACCGCUAUGCUAUACUUCUGGCUCUUCAAGUCCCAGACGGUGCACUACUACGACAACGCAGUCCAGGUCUUCUACAACAGCCCCGUCACCGCCCCGGCGCUCUUCUUCUUCUGCGAGAAUGAUGCGCUGUGUGACCCCGUCGCCAUGGAGGCGGUCAUCGACUUCUGGAGGAAGCGGGGCGUUGCUGUGGAAACCAGGAAGUGGAAGGAGUCUGUGCACGCCGCUCAUCUACGCUAUCACCCGGAGGAGUACCUCUUGACGUUAGAGACAUUUUUGAACUCCCUCAACAUCGCCCCCCCCAGGGCUAAGAUGUGAACGGCUCAUGUGCUAAUCACAAUGGGGGGAAUAAUUCAAUAAAGCCUGAAUACUCAUGUUCAAAGGGAGUCUGCAUGUUUUACUUCCCUGUUGCAAUAAUAACUACAUAUCCAA